AUGCAGGCCAUCAAGUGCGUGGUGGUCGGCGACGGCGCCGUGGGCAAGACCUGCCUGCUCAUCAGCUACACGACCAACGCCUUCCCCGGGGAGUACAUCCCCACCGUGUUCGACAACUACUCGGCCAACGUGAUGGUGGACGGGAAGCCGGUGAACCUGGGGCUGUGGGACACGGCGGGGCAGGAGGACUACGACCGCCUGCGCCCGCUCUCCUACCCGCAAACGGACGUCUUCCUGAUCUGCUUCUCCCUGGUGAGCCCGGCCUCCUUCGAGAAUGUGCGCGCCAAGUGGUACCCGGAGGUGCGGCACCACUGCCCCCACACGCCCAUCCUGCUGGUGGGCACCAAGCUGGACCUGCGGGACGACAAGGACACCGUCGAGCGGCUGCGGGACAAGAAGCUGGCGCCCAUCACCUACCCGCAGGGCCUGGCCAUGGCCCGCGAGAUCGGCUCGGUCAAGUACCUGGAGUGCUCGGCCCUGACGCAGCGCGGCCUGAAGACCGUGUUCGACGAGGCGAUCCGCGCGGUGCUGUGCCCGCCGCCCGCGAAGAAGCCGGGGAAGAAGUGCGCCGUCUUCUAG